UCCUCUCUCUCUCUCUCUCUCUCUCCCACUGCUCUCUCUCUCUCUCCCACUCCUCUCUCCCACUCCUCUCUCUCUCUCUCUCUCCCACUCCUCUGUCUCUCUCCCACUCCUCUCUCCCACUCCUCUCUCUCUCUCUCUUUGUAGAGCGGUAAGGCUGAAAGCGGGGAACACAAUGGUUGCUGUCCGCUGAUUCAUCCAAAGCUGCAGUUCUGAUGAGUGAGGCCCAUUUCUGGAUUCUCACAAACCUAAACUCCCACUCCCCUCUCUCUCUCUCCCCGUCGAAAGAUUUCACUACACACACACACACACACAGGACAUGAAUUCAUCGCCGUAUUUCCCAGCGCGAUCCGCGCUGUUCCGUAAGGAGGCCAAUGGAGUGACGUACCGUGUCCCUGCCCUGCUCUACCUGUCCCUGUCCAACUCCUUCCUGGCCUUUUGUGAGGAGAGACUCAGCCCCUCAGACGCCCAGGCUCACCUGCUGGUCAUGCGCAAGGGCACAUUCUACAGGAACUAUGUAGAGUGGGAGGACAUGAGUGUUCUGGGUACGGCUCAGUUGGCGGGCCACCGGUCGAUGAACCCGUGUCCUCUGUAUGACGAGUUCACAGGCACCCUCUUCCUGUUCUUCAUCGCUGUGCUGGGCCACACCUCCGAGUCCUACCAGCUGGUGACGGGUAAGAAUGUAACGCGCCUCUGCUUCAUCUCCAGUAACGACCAGGGCAACACCUGGAGCCCUGCCACUGACCUCACCAAGAGGGUCAUAGGAGACACCAUCAAAGACUGGGCAACCUUUGCCCUGGGCCCGGGACACGGCAUCCAGCUCAAGUCAGGCCGUCUGCUGGUGCCAGCAUACGCCUACCACAUCGACUGCAAGGAGUGCUUUGGCCAGAUGUGCCUGACCACACCCCACGCUUUCUGUUUCCAUAGCGACACCCACGGGCGGACGUGGCGUUUUGGGGAGGCGGUGCCAGGGCCAGAGAGCGUGGAGUGCCAGAUGGUGUCUGUAGAUCAGGAGGAUGGCACCAACGUGCUGUACUGUAACGCCCGGAGCCCAUUGGGCUGCAGGGUCCAGGCCCUCAGUCUGGAUGAUGGAGCUGUCUUCCAGGAUGGACAGCUGGUGCAGCGGCUCACAGAGCCACGUAAUGGCUGCCACGGUAGCGUAGUGGGGUUCCCUGCCCCCCUACACCUCAACCUCCGCCCUCGGCCACCCACCCAUGCCAGACACUGGACAUCCUUCAAGGCUAAGACUGGUGACUCCUCCCCACCCACCCCCUCUCCCCCGCCCAGCUCCCCACAGAAUUUCCUUACACCCACCUGGGUGGUGUACUCCCACCCGACGUGGACCAACGUGAGGAAGGACCUGGGGGUGUACCUCAGCCUGUUCCCCCGUGACCCGGACAGCUGGUCUGGCCCGUGGGUAAUCUACGAGGGCCCCAGUGCCUACUCUGACCUGGCCUACCUGGAGCUGCCUUCAGCUGGGGCCCCGUCGGCCGUGGCCUUCGCCUGUCUGUUUGAGUGCGGCACCAGCACAGCCUAUGAUGAGAUCUCCUUCAGCAUCUUCACCCUCUACGAGCUCAUUGACAACCUGCCACGCAACACAAAGUCAGGCAGCAACACACAGCUACUCAGCAACACACAGCCAACCAGCAACACACAGCCAACCAGCAACACACAGCCAACCAGCAACACACAGCCACCCAGCAACACACAGCCACCCAGCAACACCCAGCCACCCAGCAACACAAAGUCACCCAGCAACACACAGUCACCCAGCAACACACAGCCACCCAGCAACACACAGCCACUCAGCAACACACAGCCACUCAGCAACACAAAGUCACCCAGCAACACACAGUCACCCAGCAACACACAGCCACCCAGCAACACACAGCCACUCAGCAACACACAGCCACUCAGCAACACACAGCCACCCAGCAACACACAGAGCUUCCACAACACAACACAACCCAAGGAAGAGAGACCAGAGGCGAGGAAGAGGAGGACGAGGAAUAUAUGUGGUCUUUGCAAUGUUUCCUAACUGCUAAUUAACCGUUAAUCCUAGUGUUUUCUGCUCGUUUCCUUCUGAAGCUCAUGAAAAAAGUAUACAACAGCGUCAUGUUUAAAUGCGGUCCACAGAGUUCUGACGUUUUACGACCUGCUGAUGAAUUUGUUUUGUCUGAUAUCAAGUCCAUCCAAGCCUAGUAACCCUCGACUUAAUGCACAUACUGUGUGUUUACACUGUAGUGGUUGUGUCACGAUAAUGCAGAAACAUUGCUGUAGUAGCCACGUUUUAUUGAAUAUUAACCAGGGGCAGCCUACAGAUGUAGGAUCUUAAUUUGAGCCAGUUUGCUACAGCAGGAAAAUAAUCCUGCUGCAAAAGGAAAUGUGAAUUAUUACGUGUAUUAUAAUGAAUGGACAUUUUUUCAAGGGUUGAUACAUUUUUCAUAUAGGGAAAAUCAAGUCUGAAAUGACUAAAUGGAAAUUACAAACUAAAUGAUCCUUUUUAAACCUAAAAUGCACGACACAUUUUAAAUGUCGUGCAUUGCAGGAAAGUUAUCCUGCAGCAGGGUGAUCAAAUGAAGAGCCUACAUCUGUAUAACUCUGUUGAAAUGCAUUUUCUGCUGGAUUGUUGUAAUCGACCAAGAACACCACUAGAUGCUCACAAACAUAACUUUGAAUCAUCCUUUAUUAAACCAACCAUUCUUUAUUAAAUCAACCAUCCUUUAUUACACCAA